AUGAGAGUAGUAGUAUCGUCUCUCUGGUUUCAACUAUCCUUCCUUCUUCUCCUUGCUUCUGCUAUUAGAUCCACGACCUCGUCUCCCCUGACCGAUCCCUUUCUCGGCAUUUCUCCUCUAGAUGAGAAGUAUUACAAAUCAUCUUCUUCGGAGAUUAAGUGUAAGGACGGAUCAAAGAGAUUCACCAGAGCUCAACUCAAUGACGAUUUCUGCGAUUGCGCAGACGGUACUGACGAGCCAGGUACCUCGGCUUGUCCUAAUGGCAAGUUCUAUUGUCGGAACGCAGGCCAUUCUCCUUUAGUUUUGUUUUCUUCCAGAGUCAAUGAUGGUAUCUGCGCAGAUUGUUGUGAUGGAAGUGAUGAGUAUGAUGGUAAAGUGACGUGCUCAAAUACUUGCUGGGAAGCUGGGAAAGUUGCUCGAGAGAAUCUUAAGAAGAAAAUCGAAACGUAUAAUCAAGGGGUUGUUAUAAGGAGGAAGGAGAUCGAACAGGCGAAAGUGGGUUUGGAGAAAGAUGAAGCUGAACUAAAGAAGCUAAAGAGCGAGGAGAAAAUUUUGAAAGGCCUUGUGCAACAGCUGAAAGAGCGUAAAGAACAAAUUGAGAAGAUAGAGGAGAAGGAGCGUCUAGAGAAAGAAAAGGAGGAGAAGGAAAGAAAAGAGGCUGAAGAAGCAGCCCAGUCGGGAAAGGAAAACGGUGAGGAGAAGACAGAUGACAAUGGAAAAGUUGAAGGAAGCACAGACGUUGAAGAGAUGCCUGGAGUUUCACAGGACGGCGAUAUUCUCGAUGAAAUCGAACAUUAUGAUGAGACUGGUAAAUACAAGGACGUUCUUACAGAUGAGGAACCAGCAGCUGAAGCUGAACCAACAAGUGUAUUGGAAGAGGGAAGUCACACUAAACCAGCAGACCAGCAUGUUGUGGAGACGAAGGAGGAAUUUCCCUCAUCUGAGGAUCUCAUCACAGAUGGUUCCCAACAUGAUGGUAGUACCAAAAAGGAGGAAUCAGAGAAAGUGGAGGAUAUGGUAUCGGAGAAGAAGGAAGAGUUGUCAAAGGAGGAAUUGGGGCGUCUUGUUGCCUCUCGUUGGACAGGAGAGACUUCUGAAAAGCCAUCAGAGGCAGACGAGAGCCCGAAAGCUGAUGACCAUGAAAACCAUGAGCAUACGCCCACUAGUCCACAUGAAGUAGAAGAAGAUGAUGGAUUUGUGUCAGAUGGUGACGAGGAAACAGUCGACGAUGGAAAAUACAGCGACCAUGAACCCGAAGAUGAUUCCUAUGAAGAGGAGUAUCGCCAUGAUUCUACUUCUUCCUACAAAUCUGAUGCAGAGGAUGAUCUCGAUUUAUCAGAGACAACCUCAAGUCCUACUUGGUUGGAGAAGAUACAAAAUACUGUCAAGAACAUUUUACAGGCUGUUAAUUUAUUCCAAACUACCCCAGUAGACAAGUCAGAGGCUGAUCGCGUACGCAAGGAAUACGAUGAGUCGAACUCAAAGCUUAAGAAAAUACAGUCAAGGGUAUCGAGCUUAGAAAGGAAGCUAAAACAAGAUUUUGGACCGGAGAAAGAGUUCUAUUCAUUCCACGGUCGUUGUUUUGAGAGCAAACAGGGCAAGUAUACUUACAAAGUUUGCGCAUAUAAAGAAGCAACACAAGAAGAGGGCUAUUCGAAAACUCAGCUAGGGGGAUGGGAUAAGUUUGAGAACUCGUACCAGUUCAUGACAUAUACAAACGGAGAUAAGUGUUGGAACGGUCCCGAUAGAAGCCUAAAGAUCAAGCUAAGAUGUGGGUUGAAAAAUGAGCUCAUGGAUGUGGAUGAACCAAGUCGUUGCGAAUAUGCGGCAGUAUUAUCUACUCCAGCUCGGUGUCUGGAAGACAAACUUAAAGAACUACAAGAAAAGCUCGAGAAGCUGAUGAACCAAGACCAACCUCAGAAGCACGACGAACUCUGA